AUGCUGACGUGGACCAAUGGCGCGCGUGUUCAUGUCAAGUCCAGCUUCAUGCUCACAGGAAUGGAGAAAGCCAGAAUCGCAUCCAUGGUUCGCCAGCAGGUUGAGUCGAGUCAGAAAGGCGUGGGAGCAAGCGGCAAGGCGGAUGAUGGGAGUGAAAGGUCGAGGGUAAUGGAUGGAGAGGAGGGGGAGAAGAGGGAGGAAGCACGGAAGGAACAGGGAGGGAAAGAGGGCGGAAAGGAGGGCGGAGAGGAGAGGGGAGAUAAGGGGGUAGAGGAAGCGGCAAUGGAGAGGGGAGGUGAGGCGGGGAAGGAGGGCAAAAAAGGUGAGGAGGGGAAAAAAGCAGCAGUCCUUCCUUCAGCCGCCGCUGGUCUACAGGAGCUAGUCACGGUGCCACUGGGGGGAAUGGCAGCAUGGUCGGGUCUUUCACCAGCUCUGGCGUUGAGAGUGCUGGGUUGCACGCAUCAACCUCGGCAGGUGCGGUUACUGCUGCUGGUAAUGCAGGCUUGGAGGUCCAAACUAGGGCAGGUUCGGGAUCCGAACGUGGAGCAGGUUCGGGUAGUGGAGGGGCCUCAGGCUCGGGUGAGGCUCGGGAGAUUUUCUUCUCCAAAGCUGCAACUGUUUCAGCUGUUCCAACGUCCUGGAUUGGCAGCAGCAGCAGUGGUGGUGGCGGUGCAAGCAGCUGUCGCCUGGGUGAUUUCCUUUUCGGCGCAACGCGAGAAGAGGCGCUUUCCGCAUUCCCGCCCCGUAGGUUCAGUGACUGAUGUCAGUGGGUGGCGGAGAGGCAUGGGCAGGGGCGCGCUGGGGAGGGAGCAGGGGGAGCUUGCGGGGAGGGGGGAGGUUGCUGUGGGUAGGGCGGGGGUGAUGGGGCGGAGGGAGGGUGUGGGGCGGGGAGAGGGUGUGGGGAGGGGGGAGGGUGUGGGGAAGGGGGAGCACCUGGGGUUGCUGCUACAGCGGUGGGCAGAGGAUGACCGAUUUUGGGAGGAGGUUCGCCGACAGCGGAGGGAGGGACAGGGAGCGCAGGUGGGGCAGCAAGGGGGACAGGGGGGGCAGCGGGUGUUGAGGAGAUGCAUGGGCGCUGCUGGUAGUGCUGGCAGUUUGAGAGCACUCGUGGGAGGCCCAGCAAGGUCGGAAGGGAGUGUUGUGGGCAGGCUGGAAGGAGGAGUUGUUGUGAGAGGAGCAGGUGGAGGUGAGGAAGGAGAAGAGCAGGGAGGAGAAGGAGGAGUGGCUUGGCUAGUGGCAGCAGUAGAGACGGCAGCUGCUGAGACAGCGGCAGCGGGAGGAGAGGAGAGGGACGGAACGGAGGAGGAAGGAGUGGAGUCAGGUGGAGCAGUGGACCAGGGCACGGCUGCCACAUCAACAGUGGUGACACGUGCUAGUGCUGGCGCAGGUGCCGCGGUGAGUGUGUCAGGAGCAGGCAGGGCAGCAGGCCGAUCAUCGGUAGUAUCACCGCAAGAAGGGCCAGCCACCCCUGGAAGAGGCCCGGCCACCCCAGGAGGGCCAGCAACGCCAGGCGUAUGUGAUGCAUCACCGUCACUCAGUGAGCAGCGCACAUGCAGCAUGAGCUUCAAGGAAAGACAGGGCGGUCAUAGUAACAGCAGGCGAGACAGCAGCAGGAGAGAGAGCAGCUGCCCCAGCAGCAGUGCUGCAACCGACGCUGCCACCUACGGCCAAACCGCGUCCGCUUAUAAGCAGUCUCCCUGUAAGAGCUCCCCGCUGAAGCGACGCCCGCGCGCCAGCCAAGGGGCUGUGAACCAGAGCGGUGAGAUGGUGAACCAGAGCGGUGAGAGGGAGUAUGGUGGCCGGUGGAGUGUCAGCAGUGGCUGGACUGGGACUGGCACUGGUAGCUCUAGCAAGAGCGGCUCUUGCAGAGACUCUGGCAUUGUGCUCGCCAUCGGAGGGGUGGCUGUGCUGGCAGCGGCAGUGCUCAUACCGCGCCGCCCCAGGCAGCAUGUGGAGGCUCUGACGCCCCUGCAGGUGGCGCAGCGAAUGAGGCGCAAUCCCAAGUUGUUUGUUGCCACGUGUUCACCUGCCCGGGAUGACUCAGCAUCGUACCGAGCUUGGGGUCACUCCACCCUGGUUGGGCCG